AUGGCCGACGAGGGCCAAGGUCGUACGGUCGAUGCUCAGGCCAUGUUUGCCACACGGACGACAGCAAAGCGCAAACCCACCAACACCGUAAAGCGAGCCCGAACUUUAAUAGUCAACGCCGCGUCUCGUGCUGACCUCGACGCCUUCAUCCCAACGCUAACUGAUGCCUUCAAUGAGCUCGUCGAUAUACACGAGCGUUUCGUGGCCGCUGCUAACCUUGAAGCUGAAGAACAGGAGGCCGCCCAAGCGUACUUGAAAAGGAUCCAGCAACUGCAUAACACUUGUGUCGAACCAAUCAAUCACGUCCGUCAAGUGAGGGUUGGUCGUCAGGGAUGGAAUGUAUGCAACAGCGGCCAUGAACCUAAUCGUUCUAAUCCACGCGACGACCAAACGGAAUCGCUCAGCAAUACCAUUCAGCCUUACGAUUCCUCAGGUGCCAUUCAACAGCCUGAACCCAAAGAUAACACCAGCCAUCUAAACGUACCUGAUGAAGAAUUUGACGCUACUGCUCAACUAACGGCCGCGAAAAAACGAAAGCUUGAUCUCGAGUUCUUGUUGGUUCAGAAAAAGAUUCAGCAAGUACUAGAAGUCAAAGAUUUGGCCACAAAAAACGAACGCGAAUAAUAGGAUCUAAUGAUGCGAAUCCGUCGCGAAUUGCAACUUCUUGCGGGCCUCGGAGCCGUAGCGUUCGAAGAUUACCUUUUAACUUCGUCUCCAUUUCAAACUUAUCAGAACAAUCUUCCCCGUACGCGACGGUUAGCUAGAUAGAAGCUGGACGCAAGCUUCG